ACAGGACAGUCUACAGUAGCAGCAGAGGUUGGAGGGCAUGCUGGUCAACUAGGUAAAGCAACUUCUGGUACAACUAGUAGAGUUGUAGGCUGGUGGCUAGCAGGAUGUGCAGGGAUGUGUUUCGGAGCUGUGAUGCUUGGAGGAGUCACCCGUCUGACAGAGUCAGGUUUAAGUAUGACAGAUUGGAAACUACUUGGCCGACCCCCUCCACGCACACAGGAUGAGUGGAUGGUGGAGUUGGAUAAAUACAAACUCUCUCCUGAAUAUAAAUACAAGAACUUUGAUAUUACCAUGGAUCAGUUCAAGUUCAUCUGGUACAUGGAGUACGGUCACAGGAUGUGGGGUAGAACUAUUGGAGCAGUAUUCUAUAUUCCUGCUGGUAUAAUGUGGGCCAGAGGAAUGUUCUCCCCUGCCAUAAAGAAGAGAGUUGCAUUUGCUGGUGUUCUCCUGGCUUGUCAGGGUCUACUAGGAUGGUAUAUGGUUAAAUCAGGAUUGGAUCAUAAUAAUUUCCUUGGACCGAGUGAUGUACCGCGUGUUUCUCAAUACCGCCUUGCCGCGCACCUUUCAUCAGCUGUCGUUCUCUACUCAGCACUAUUUUGGUCAGCUAAGGAUAUCCUGCGUCCUGCGCUACAGUUUGAUCCAAGCAAGAUAACACCUCAGCUUGCAAGUUUCCGAAAGCUGGUGAUUUCAUCGAAAGGAUUAGCGUUUAUUACUCUUGUUUCUGGUGCAUUUGUAGCAGGAUUAGAUGCUGGACUCGUGUAUAACUCUUUUCCUAAGUUUGCUGACAGAUGGAUCCCUGAAGACAUUUUGGCACAAUCACCUACUCUUAGGAAUUUUACUGAGAACCCGACAACUGUACAGUUUGAUCACAGAGUGCUUGGUACAACCACGCUAGCCUUGCUGUCAGCUGUAGCUGUACAGGCGGCCCGGCUACCCCUGCCCACUAGAAUACAAUACGCGGCAUUUGCUCUAGGAACCAUGGGUUGGAUACAGGUUGGUCUGGGUAUAUCCACACUGCUCCUGUACGUCCCUGUACCGGUCGCAGCAGCGCAUCAAAGCGGGGCCCUGGUCACCCUCUCCCUAGCAAUGUGGUUGGCCCAUGAAGCCAAGUUUCUCAAAGUUUUGAAGAAAUUACCAAAAUAAUAUAUUUCUCAUAACUUCCUCGAUCACCAGAAGUGUUUAAACAACAGAGAAGAAACCAUUUAAAAGAAUAGACUGGUGAAGAACAAAGAAACCAAAAAAAAACAAAACAAUUAAUUUCUCAAAACAAACAAGGAAGUUCAUUUAUUAAAAUAAUAGGCAGGGGUAGAUAUUUUUUAUGAAUAAAAUUUUGAAAAUUUUCCCCCAAUUAUGAAAAUACCUAAUCCUGUACUAGAGUUAAGCUUAACGUUUGUCUUGAAAUCUUAUAAAUAGUAUUUACUGUGUAACUGGUUAAAAGUUAAAAAUUUUUAUUUUUGAAAUGUAAGAGCACAUUCGCUAUAUUUUUUUUUAAGACAUAUAAAUAUUAUUAGUAAUGAUAAUAGAUGUUCAUUACUUUCUAGUAGCUAAAAUUAUUUUUUUUAUGGGGGGGGGGUUUGCCGAUAUUUUAAGAAAUUUUCGUUAAAACAUUCAUUAUUGACUAAUAUAAAUCCUUACCAACUGUUGUAAUUGACAGGUUUUUAAUUCACAUUAAAAUCAAGUAGGGUAUACAUAUGACCCCUCCCCCCCUUGUACAACCAUUUUAAAUUCGUUAAGAUUUAUAAAAUAUUAAUGUUAUGUUGAAUUUUUCUGCACUAACGAGUUUUACUCAUAAAUUCGAAAUCAAGGACUCACGGUUAUGUAGCUUAUUUGCAUGUCAUUUAAAAGUGUCCAACUCUGAAUAUUUUUCAGA